CCAGACGGCCAGCAGCGGGCUACGCCGGCUCGGGAAGACUCGAGAGCCAAGGAGAAGCCGGAGCCGGGAAAGAAGACGGAGGAGGCGGCGGUGGCAGAGGAGGACCCAGGCUAGGAAGCCUCUCGCCCGCCCGUCCCUUCGGGGAAGCUGGAUCCGCUGGCCUCCUAGAAGCUUCCCAGCUGGGGGGAGGAGGGCGAGAGGAAGGCAAACCCGCCUCGGACGCGGCGCGAUGCUGGUGCUGGAGCUUCUGGGCUUGGUUUGGCUGGCCGGGGUGGUGCUGGGGCAGAACGAGACGGAGCCCAUCAUCCUGGAAGGCAAGUGUCUGGUGGUGUGCGACUCCAACCCCGCCUCGGACCCGACGGGCACGGCGCUCGGCAUCUCCGUGCGCUCGGGCAGCGCCAAGGUGGCGUUCUCCGCCAUCCGCAGCACCAACCACGAGCCCUCGGAGAUGAGCAACCGGACCAUGAUCAUUUACUUCGACCAGGUACUAGUGAAUAUCGGGCUGAACUUUGACUCGGAGAGGAGCACUUUCAUCGCGCCCCGAAAGGGGAUCUACAGCUUCAAUUUUCAUGUGGUGAAGGUGUACAACAGGCAAACCAUUCAGGUGAGCCUGAUGCUGAAUGGGUGGCCGGUGAUUUCCGCCUUUGCUGGGGACCAAGAUGUCACCCGAGAAGCUGCCAGCAACGGGGUCCUGAUUCAGAUGGAGAAAGGAGACAGAGCUUAUUUAAAACUGGAGAGAGGAAAUUUAAUGGGGGGUUGGAAAUAUUCCACCUUCUCUGGAUUUCUAGUAUUUCCUCUUUAAACAACUUACCGACUGAAGCAGGAAGGGAGAAAGGAGCAAGUCUCAAGUAUUGCUUACCAAUCCCUGAAUUUGUAGCUGCAUAGAAGAGGGAGAUUUGGACAGCCAGCCUCUGGAUACUAUCAACAUAUUACAGAAGUUAAGCCCUUAACUUAGGUUUGUGUAUGUUGCUCUGAAGAUCUCUGUAAUGGUGCAGCCGAAUGACAGAAGAUGCUUGAAUCCAUCAUCCUUCAAUAAUUAUUUCUCUUUUUUCCAUUUUGCAAACCAGAUUAUGUUACAUCUCAGUGUAACUGCUAUUAUUAACCACUGUCUCUCUCUCUACCCCCCACCCACCUCCCAAAUCCCCGUAUGCUUUCUACUUCACACAUCCUUUUGUCAACCAAUUUGGGUUAGCUUUUAACAUCAUAUAUCUAUAUUUUAUGCCUUCCCUGAGUUUUAAAAAAACCAACAAUAGUAUUUUUGAAUACAUGGGUGACAUGGUGAGAGGAAGUGCAAUGCCAACACUGCAGUAUGCUAGUAAGCAAAUCAGGGGAGGGGAGGAAUAUCAACCUGAACUAUUCUAACCAAACCUUGAUUUUCACUAUUUCUAUGUAAUUCUGAGUGACUGUGGAAUUUUCAGGCUGCUUGAUGUUUUGAUGCUUGUUUUUUGCUCUUGUAAAUUCGUGCCCCAACGACAUGCUGGAAAGUAUAUUGAACUUUUACUAAUUAAUCUGUAUGAUAAAAAAAUAUAGUGAAUAUUGACAAAUUUUAAUUUUGGCUUUAGUUUUAAUAACGUUUAAAUGGGAUUUUGUUUUAUUUUUUCUUAGAUGAGAAACAACGCAGCUAGCUAGAUCUUGGUGUAGUUAACGCAAUCGUAACCAGAUCUAGAAGGAGGGAAGCAAAACAAAAAUAAACCAACAAAAAUGAAAGGGGUGGGCAGUGGUGGUGGAAAUAUGCACUUGCAACCAUUUGCUGCAAGUUCCAUUUAUGUGUUCUGUUUCCAAAUAUGAAAUAGAAGCUAAAAACAUAGCCUUCAAAAACGAUGAGUGCAAACAUUCCCUUUUAACACUGACCAAGUCGUGUCUUUUUUUUCCCUUGCAUCUUUCUCAUAGUUUUAUGUGCCAUUUUGAAAAAUGGGGGUUGAUGUGUCCAUUUCUGCAACUCCUCUUUCAAUUUAAUAUGAUUGCUGUAUUGGAAUAAGUCCCUCAAGGGGGGGGGGAGAGAGAGAGGAGAACCCACAUCAUGAGCAGUCAAGAGACAAAUGCCCACAAAAUUCUCCACUAUAUUCUUUUUUCCAUUGUAUGUAUUAAGUUCACUCAAUCAAAUCACAUUUUUAAAGCUCUGAUUCAAAUGACAAGAGAAAAGAAACCUUUAUCAAGGUAUACCUAAAACGCUAGUAUUAUUAUUUGCUAGUAAUAUUUUGUUUACAGUCUUUCAAAAAUGUAAAUGCUAUAAUUUUGCAGCACUCUAAAGAGAACUACUACUUUUAUUAUCAAAGUACAGUAAAAUACUUUUGAUUGUAAUCAAAAUAUAAUGUGAAAUAAAACCAGUGGAAUAAACAAA